ACCAUGUCUACAGAUGGAGAGCAAAUUAAAGCAGAAAAAUCAAAUACAACUAUGGUGAUGGAAUUCAUUCUUUUGGGGUUUUCUGAUACUCCCCAUCUCCAGUGGAUGCUUUUUGGGAUAUUUUUAUUGCUAUAUUUAACUAUUCUGACUUGCAAUAGCAUUAUUAUACUGAUAACACAAACUGACUCUUCUCUUCAAACUCCUAUGUAUUUMUUCCUUAGCAAUUUUUCCUUUGUGGAAAUCUGUUAUGUAACUGUCACUAUCCCAAGAAUGCUCAUGGACUUUUGUACACAAAAAGGAAAUAUUUCUUUGUAUGCCUGCUCUACACAAAUGUGUUUUGUCCUCUUGCUUGGAGGCACAGAGUGCCUCCUCCUGACAGCGAUGGCCUAUGACCGCUAUGUGGCCAUUUGUAAUCCUCUGCACUACCCUCUGGUCAUGAGCCGCAAGGUCUGCAUGCAGCUGGUGGCUGCCUCCUGGGUCACUGCAAUUCAAGCUGCGAUUGGACUGACAUACCUAAUUUUCUCUUUGCCCUWUUGUGGAUCUAACAKAAUUAACCACUUCUUCUGUGAUAUCCCUCCAGUCCUCCAGCUUGCUUGUGGUGACACCUCCAUGAAUAACAUAGCCGUCUACAUGUCAUCCAUGGUGUUUUUUCUGGUUCCGUUUCUGUUGAUCUCUGCCUCCUAUGGCAAAAUCAUCUCCAACAUUCURAAAAUGUCAUCAGCCAGAGGRAGGACUAAAGCCUUCUCCACCUGCUCUUCUCACCUGACAGUYGUGGUCUUGUUCUAUGGAACAGCUAGUGUCACUUACUUGCAAUCCAAGUCGUAUCAGUCAGAGGGAACAGGAAAACUGUUGUCUCUUUUCUACACCAUUUUGAUCCCAACUUUGAAUCCCAUCAUAUACACUCUGAGGAACAAGGAUAUCACCAUGGCACUGAGGAAACUACUAACUAAGUUAUUAACAUAA